AUGGAUGACCCAGCGUCCCGUAUCCCGGGACAGUUGAUCCCGCAUAUGCAUCUGGUCUCUCGGAAUCGCUACCCUAACAUGCAUAUGAUGCCGACCGAGACGGCUGUAGAAUACCUGCUGAGCGCGCCCCGAGUCUGCCAGACACAACCCAUGCAUUGGACCUUCUUGGAUGGACCACAAGACGGCACCGUGAUGAUGACAUGGCAACCGCUUGCGCACUUGGGUAACAACUUCGCCAGCGACGGUUACGUCUGGGCCGAUGCGGAGCAGGCUUUCACCUUUGAAGCCCGAGGAUAUACCGUUGAAAUGUUCCUCCACCGUAGCGGCUACCACCCUCCCAACGAAAACAUGGCCAGCCACUGUCGCAAGCGCUAUCGCAUCGUCUCCUCUAAAAUCCCGAACGGCCCCCAGCCCGAUCCGUCAUUGUGGAUCGUUCAUUAUUCUCGUGCACCCCAGCAAGACCACAUCCCCGCGACCCGCAUCCCCGUUACACCCCAAGUACAGAGCAUGAUGGGCCAGCGGCGCUACUUGCAAAGCCAGGGCCAACUUGCUCGCAAAGAAUUCCUCCUCCAUGACCGCAACAACUGGCCUACGAUCAGCUUCCCUCCCCAAAUGGCCCCCCAAGGCUUUGCUCAACCACAAGCUGCCGCCUACGCCAAUGCGCAGGCAGGAAGGCCCGGUUUCUACCCACCCCAGGCUCACCCAGGCGCAGUACCACCUGCCCCAGCCCAGGGCAAGGCGCAACGUGGGCACCGUGCUCCGUCUGCGGCGAUAGCGGCAGCAGCGGCAGAUUUCGCUCUUGAGGACGAAGAUGUCGCAAGUGGUGACGUGAUGGAUCUCUUGACUCCUCGUGAGGUGAGCAAGAUGCGAUAUGUACAGCACCAUGAAUGGAUGGAAGAGAUCUUUGCAUCCCAUUAUGCCAUUUCACAGAUUACACCCGUCUCCCUCGGACUCGGCCGCAAAGGCGAGCUCGAGUCGCUAACAGCGGGAUUCUUCGAUGCACCGGCUGGUGGCGAAGGCCAAGAUGGCCAGGCUCCAGAUGCCACCAAGCUGGAACCUGCCAAAGCAGAGGAGUUUGCCGAUCGCGUUGCGAAGAAGGUUGCCGACAUGACCGCGGAGAUUGAGAAGCUCAAGAAGCAACACGCCCGUCGGAUGGAACGCUUCAACCGCAGUUCAUUGUUCAAGGAUGCCGAGCUGCGUCUUCGCGAUGCCGCUGCCGACCCUACGGCGACCGGCACUGAAGUUUGGCGACUAGAGGGCCGGAUCAUUGUUCCCAACGAGGAGGGUGAAACCCCGCAGCUCGACUACCUCGAAGAGAAGGCCAAGUACAAGGUGAAUGAUGUCGUUCGCGACGUUGAAACCGCUUGGAAGAAACAGAUCGUUCCGGAGCCCAAGGUUUCAUGUGUCGAGAAGGGCGGUCUGCUGGAAAAGAUUGAGCCCGAGCAGAAGGAAGAGCCCGAGUCUUUCACUAAUGAUAUGGUGAUUGACCAGGCCGAUUCCCAUCUCCUCAACCAGUUCGGUGGCUCAGCUGCGGGCGGUAACGCAGUUUCUACACAGCCCGGUGCUAACAUCUCGGGAGAUGUGGACAUGGAUAUGGGAAAUCAGCUAGGAGGUGGCGGCACCGCCGGCGAGACUGGCGACUGGGUGAUGGUCAGUAAUGAGAAUAAAGACGGUAACGCGGCAGCCGGGACCGGCGAGGGCAAUCUCGAGAGCGCCAACUUUGAUGAUUUCACCAACAUCGACAGUGCUGGCGACGCCCUAGCGGCAUACACUGAGCAGAAUGAUGGGUUAGACUUGCCCGACCUGGACAACUCUGCAUUUGGCGAUGCCUUCCAUGCCUCGGAUAACGAGCACUCGCACAACCCAGAUGCGGACGACAUGUCCUGA